AAUCCGGGCUGAUUUUCGCGACGGGAGAAAUCAUUUUGUUGCCUUAAAAGUCGACGUUUUGAAAUCACGAUGAGUGCGGAAAAAUACCCCGUGUCAUCUAUUGAAGACGACUUUAACUAUGGCACCAACGUUGCUGCAGCCAGUGUUCAUAUUCGGAUGGGCUUUCUGCGGAAGGUGUACAGCAUCCUGUCCCUGCAGAUCAUUCUGACCACGGCCACGGCAGCUUUGUUCAUGCUCUGUGACACGAUUAAGGAUUUUGUUCAUGCAAGUCCUUCAGUGGUGUUGGUCUCAGCACUCCUUUCUUUGGUCCUGCUCAUGGCCUUGGCUGUCUACAGACAUCAGCAUCCUGUCAAUCUCUAUCUGCUGAUCACAUUUACUUUGCUGGAGGCAAUUUCUGUGGCGACUGCUUUGACGUUUUAUGAGUAUUCCAUAGUACUUCAAGCCCUUUUCCUCACAUGCGUUGUGUUUGUUGGACUGACGGCCUACACCUUCCAGUCCAAGAGAGACUUCAGCAAACUGGGUGCAGUAUUAUUUGCCGGCCUUUGGAUCCUGAUAGCUGCAAGUUUAAUGAGGGUCUUCUUCAACAAUGAAAGCACGGAGCUAGUGUUUGCUGGAGUUGGUGCUCUGGUCUUCUGCUGCUUCAUUAUUUAUGACACACACCUGCUGGUGCACCAGCUGUCACCUGAAGAAUACGUCCUUGCCUCCAUCAAUCUCUACCUAGAUAUUGUCAACCUCUUCCUCCAUGCACUGCGCGUCCUGGACUCCAUGAAGAAGAACUAAGAGCAGCAGUAUCAUCACCAUCAUCAGUGCAAAGAUCUGAGGAGGCAAUUCAUGUGGUUUAAAACGGGCCAUAUCAAUCUCCCUAAUCACACUAUAAUUACAGGGUGUGUGUGGGGUUUUUUUUAUAAAUAAAAAUGUUUGUGUUUACUUUCCUCUUAAAUUUGUUAAAGUAAACUCUUCUGCAUGCUUUGUGCUUGACAUCUUCCUGAGAAGGUGUGAUUUUCUUCUGCCAGAUGGGAUGUUUUUCUGUCUUAAGGGAGCAUUUCAACUAGAAUAUGUCUUGUUUCUAAUGUUUCUAACUGUUUCUUGCUUUGUUGUGUUCAGUUCGAGAAGAAAUCAGAUACAGUGCAUGAAAAAGUACCCCCCCCCAUUUCCUCUAUUUUUGCACAUUUGUCACACUGAAUGGUUUGGGAUCUUCAUACAAAAUGUAAUAUAAGACAAGGAGCACCCGAGUAAACACAAAAUACAGUUUUUCAAUGAUUAUUUCAUUUAUUGAAGGAAGAAAGUUAUCCAACACCUAUAUCACCCUUGUGAAAAAGUAAACUGCCCUCGUGAACUUAAUAACUGGUUGUCCCACCUUGAGCAGCAGCACGUGCAACCAAACGCUUCCAAACCAAAACCACUUGCUGGAGGUCAGUCGUUCACAUCACUGUGGAGGUGUUGUGGUCCACUCCACUUUACAGAGUUGUUGUAAUUCAGCGAUACUGGAGGGUUUUUGAGUAUAAACUGCUCACUUAAGGUCCUGCCACACAAUCUCAAUGGGGUUCAAGUCAGGACUUUGAUUAGGCCACUCCAAAACCUUCAUUUUGUUACUUCUGAGCCAUUCUGCAGUGGACUUGCUCUUGUGUUUGGGUCACUGUCCUGCUGCAUAAUCCAGUUACACCCAGCUUCAGAUCAGGGACUAAUGACCAGACGUUCUUCUUCAGAAUCUUCUGGUAGAGAGCAGAAUUAUUGGUUCCUUCAAUGAUGGCAAUUCUUCCAGGCCCUGAGGCAGCAAAGCAUCCCGACACCAUCACACCAUCACCAUCAUGCUUAACCUGUUGGUAUAACAAUAAUAAUAAUAAUAAUAAUAAUAAUAAACGUUAUUUAUAGAGCACUUGUCUUUCAAGGGAUGCAGCUCUUGUGCUUUACAAUAAAAUAAAAUAAAUGCAGCACAGGAACAAAUAGACAAUAACAUCAGGUAAUGAAAAGACAGUAGAUGAUGAAAUAUAAGGGAAAAUAAAAACAAACCUGUAAGAAUAAUAAAAUAUGAGAUAUUUAGUUAAAAAUGACAUGAAUUAAAAGCCAGAUUAAAUAAACGGGUUUUCAGCUGUGGUUAAAAGAUAUUCUCUGAUGCAUCUUGGUGAGACAUUCCAUCAUUUUGGAGCAUAGUUAAAAAAAGCUGUGCUGCCUAUUUUCCUGAGUGUCUAACUGCAUAUUUAAAGACCCAGCAGUAGUAAGAGCUCAUGAAGGGUUAUAACAUGACAAAGAGUCUGCGAUGUAGGCCGGUCCCAAACCAUUUAGAGCCACGAGUAAAAGAGCCUUCAGAUCUGAUCUAAAAGGUACUGGGAGCCGAUGGCGUGCAGCUAAAACGAGGCUAACGUGCUCCCGCGGCCUUGUCUUUCUCCAAGACAAGGACGCUAGACUCUAGCGUCACACUUCUGAAUAAGUGGACUUUUUCCAGGUGACUUCUUCAAAAGACCAGUAAAAAGAGCAUUGCAAUGAUCUAAUCUUUUUGAAAUAAAAGCAUGA